CUGGAACGUGGUGAUAGAGCUACACUAAUACCCCGCGGUUACACUCACUCGAUAUGAGCGCUGGAGGUGAGGGUGUCGUGUGGUUAUUGGUAUAACGUAAACUUUCGGGCAUUGGGGCUCAUGAGGUUAUGGAGAUGGAUAGACAUGAGGGAGCAGGGUCUAGGCUUGAAUGUCUCAGGUUUUUGCCUGCGAUAAGAGAAGUUCGCUGAGUUGUUGGUUGUGUCACACAAUUCUGUCUUCUAACCCCCACCUUGGCCAUAUCGUGAAAGUUCGAGGGAAGGCGCAAUGCACCGAUGUCAAACAGAUAUUCGGUUGCCCUGCGGCCUUUUUCGAGACAGCCACAUAUCUUCUUGCUGCUACUAUUCUCAUCUGGUCUUAAGCCGCACCCGCCGGCCAACCCGGUCCUGGUACGGAAACGAAGCGAGCCAGACAAUCGUGGCCUUCUCUUAUUACACCGCCCGAGGGCUCCAUUUUCGGAGCCGCGCCUCCCGCAGAAGAGAGACAAUAAAAGUGUGACCACGAGGAGGAGAGGUUUCGGUUUUUUCUCUUUGCAAGAAAGAGGCUCUCACACCGGCGACCGGCGACAGACAGCAGACCACCAGACCAGACCGAACCAACUGAUCGUUUGACCGACCCCCCGGAAUCGAACGAAGGACGAAAUUGCUUCUGGCGCCCAACGGGACGGAUGCUGGUGACAGGUUUUGUGGGAUAAUUCGUUCAACCACGCCAGAAAAACCGCCCAGAACCGGGCGUCCGCUCCAUCUCCGCUAUCCCCGGGUCUUGUUGUUCGAUAUUCGAUUCGAAGCGCAAACGUCAUAUCGGAAACAUGGCGCCCUAUCUGAUGCGAGUCGCCCGCCGUGGGACAACGAUAAAUAACUCAGCGCUGAGCCACAGCGCCAGGUUCAUCCCGGGCGCACUCCCGAGGGGAACCCCAUCCACCCGCGCAGACGUCUCGGGACUCGCUCCAGCCCCGCCAUUGACUGCUACUACCCCGCUAUCGUCGGCUGCUGCUCGUUGCGCAGGUCGCUGCUUUUCGUCCAUCACUUCUACCGGCAAAAGAGUCGGAGUCAUCCCGGUCGCUGCCACUGCCGCCGUCGUUAUGGGUCAACUCUCGAACCAAUCUCAAUCGCAACAACAGCAACAAGUUCGCAACAUGGCGUCUUCAUCCACACCAUCGUCGUCGGGUAGACGUCUAAAUAUGAACAACAUCAAUCCCCACGUCAAGGCUGCCAAGUAUGCCGUGCGUGGCGAGCUCGCCGUCAAGUCGGAGGAGUAUAGGGCGUACCUCCAGGGCGGGAUGACGGACCUGCCGUUUUCAGAGGUUAUUUCGGCCAACAUUGGUAAUCCUCAACAGCUGGAUCAGAAGCCUAUUACGUUUUUCAGACAGGUGCUCAGUUUGCUGGAGAACCCUGUGUUGCUGGAGAAGGAGGAUGUGCUUAUUGAGCAUUUGGGGUACAAGAAGGAUGUGAUUGAGCGGGCGAACAAGCUGCUCAAGGUGGUGGGAUCGGUGGGUGCGUACAGCGCCAGUAACGGUGUGCCUGCCAUUAGGCAGAGUAUUGCCGAUUUCCUAGAGAGGAGAGAUGGCUUCCCCGCCUCUCAGUCCGACAUUUACCUCUCGGCCGGUGCGUCUUCCGGUGUCAACACCCUCCUCCACGUCGUCUGCCAGGACUCCAACACGGGCAUCCUCGUCCCUAUCCCCCAGUACCCAUUGUAUACCGCCUCCCUCGCCGUCCUGGACGCCCACUGCGUCGAAUACCACCUUGACGAGUCGAAGAACUGGGGAACCGACCUCGAGAUCAUCAAGUCUUCGUACGAAGCCGCCAAAGCCAAGGGCAUCGACGUCCGUGCCAUUGUCAUUAUCAACCCGGGCAACCCCACCGGCGCUUCCUUGUCAGAGUCCGAUAUUCGCUCCGUGAUUGAAUUCGCCCGCCAGGAAAGACUAGUCAUCCUCGCCGACGAGGUCUACCAAACCAACGUUUUCAUCGGGGAGUUUGUCUCCUUCAAAAAGGUGCUGAGGACCCUCCAAAAGGAGCGUCCAAACGACGGGUUUGACCAGGUGGAGCUCGCGUCGCUGCACUCGGUGUCAAAGGGCAUGGUGGGCGAGUGCGGACACAGGGGGGGGUACUUUGAGCUGGUCAACUUUGACCCGGACGUGCAGCAGGAGAUUUACAAGUUUGUGUCCAUUAUGCUCUGCGCCCCUGUCAUUGGGCAGUGUCUGGUGGACCUGAUGGUCAACCCGCCCCGGCCCGGGGAGGAGAGCUAUGAGCUUUACAAGAAGGAGUAUGACGCUAUUUAUGACGGGUUGAAGGAGAGGGCGACGGCGCUGCACAAGGCUUUUGAGCAGAUGGAGGGGGUGGAAUGCGGGAGUCCGCAGGGGAGCAUGUAUUUGUUUCCCACCAUCAACCUCCCUGAAAAGGCGGCCGAGGCGGCGAAGAAGGAGGGGAGGACCCCGGAUGAGUUUUACUGUUUGAGGCUGCUCGAGGCGACGGGGGUUUGUGUCGUUCCCGGGAGCGGGUUUGGGCAGAGGGAGGGGAGCCUGCAUUUUAGGACGACGUUUUUGGCGCCGGGGACGGAGUGGGUGGGGAGUAUUGUCAAGUUUCAUAGGGAGUUUAUGGAGAAGUAUCGUUAGGGAGAAGAGGGGAUGGAUGGGGCGGGGGCGUUUUAUGCAGUUUUCAAAGUUUGAAUAGCGAGCAAAAGCGUUAUUUGUUUCUCUUUUUUUUUUUGUUCAGUUCAAGAAAUGGGUUAUUCCUGUCUUGGUUGGGUCAUGUGCUUGUAUACAAUCCUCCUCCCUUCUCUUUUCUUUACUCUCUGGAUAUCUCUCCUCUCUUGUCUAGAAAGGGUUAUGGAUGGAAAUGUACAAAAGAGGCGGGAGUGUGGUUGUAUAACAUACCUAGACAGCAGGGUAGGGUGCCUCAAAAUAAAAACAAAACUCAAAAUCAAAA